AUGAAUGAUUCCUCAAAAGAACUGUUGUUGGUCAAGCGUUUGUCCGAAUUCGCACAACUUCCCAAACGUGGAUCUGUGGAUGCUGCUGGCUAUGAUCUAUGCAGUGCACACGACGCUGUAAUACCUGCCAAGGGCAAAACAGUUGUUCCUACUGAUCUGUCCAUUGCUUUACCUCCCUUUACUUAUGGUCGUGUUGCUCCUCGUAGCGGACUAGCAGUCAAAAACUUCAUUGAUGUGGGUGCUGGUGUUGUUGAUAGAGAUUAUCGAGGUCCUUUGGGUAUUGUUUUGUUCAACUUUAGCGAUGUUGAUUUCCAAGUCAAGCGAGGUGAUCGCAUUGCUCAGUUGAUUGUUGAGCGUAUUGCCAUGCCAGAAGUUACUGAAGUCGAGGAUCUGGAUGCUACUGAUCGUGGCCAAGGUGGAUUUGGAUCUACUGGUGUAACUGAAAAACUUGUUUAA